AUGUAUUGGCUUUCAGAAAUACGAAAAGAACUUGAAUAUUAUAGAAAAGAUUUAACAGAAGAAGAAUUACGAGAAUGUUCUAAUAUGAUGACAAUUUUGAUUAAUUUAUCUUUGGAAGCUAAUAACACAAAUGACAUAUUUGAUAGUGAUGAGUCUUGUAUUAUGAAUCAAAAUACUUCUAUUUCUGCUUUUACUUCAAAUGUAAACAUAUUUAUAGAAUCUGAAACAAAGCUUAAUAUCGAAAAUCUAACAGAUCUUACUUUAUCAUUUUUUAAUUUUAAUAUCACAGAAUCAUAUAAUAAAGAAUUUAGACCACAACAUAAACAAACAUCAAGCAAAGAUUAUGAAAAUAUGAAUUUCGAAGCAUCAAAUAUUGUUGAUAAGGUCUUAGGAAUUGAAAAUGACAAUAAUUAG